UCCCAAUAGACCAUUUGCAGUCCUCCCAAGCGCCCCGGCGCGCGCGCGAGGAAUCUUGGGAUCGGUGUUCUGUCGGCCCCCGUCGUCUGGCUGCUCUCCGUUGGAAUCGCAUCACCUCGCUCUAGACAUACUUUUCAUCUUCGUUGUUUAUACUUAAUAAUCCUCUUUUUUAUCUACUCCAGUGUAUUUUUCUUGUUCAUAAGUGUAUCUAUUUCGUUCAGCGCUUUGUAUUUCUUCUGUAUAUUACGUGUUUUUGUGCAUAUUCCAUCGUUUUCGACGCGGCCGUCGACGGACACCACGCCGCUUCGUUCGCCGCUCCCGGGGUCACCCUCAGAAGCCACAUGACGGGCGGUACAACCUGCUGUGUACCGGGCUGUGCCCACACCACUCUCACUGCCAAGCAUGUGUCCUGGAAUCGCUUUCCGAAGAACAGCCAUCUACGCAACAUUUGGGUACAGCGAAUCAACAGGAAAGGUACCACUGGACGGUUCUCUCUGUGGACGCCAACCUCUGACAGCAGAAUAUGCGGCGCUCAUUUUAACGAAACUGGGAGAAAGAAGUACGAGGACAAAGCUCCCCGGUUUUUUCCAACCAGGACAUUUCCGAAGUAUGUUGCGGCCUGCCCAAAGGUCCCAAACAUGAUCUGCGCAAGGAAGCGCCAUGCGCUGCAGCCGCUGCCGGCCUACUUUCUGUCGGACCUUGACCUGGCACAGACCGUGACCCUGCCUGCUAGCCAGGAGCCAGCACAACCCGGCAGCCCCUUGGCCUCCGCUGGUGCCCCUGACACUGAUGAUGUAAUAGCUAGCGACCACCAGUACAGCAUCACAGGAUGUAUCGAUCAAGCCCUGCGUGAUCGCAUCAGGCAGCUAGAGGAGCUCGCUUCUGCAAACGAGAAACUGCGCAAGGACAACGACCGUCUACAGAAAGAAAAUGAAGCUCUGCGGAAGAAAGUAGCCCAUCUUGAGGAGAUGUAUGACAAAGCAGAGGAGGUCAUCGAUGCUACAAUCCCCUUUCAGAACUUCACGCUCACAGCCGUGCAACAGGACCCAAAGAAACUGGCCUUCUACACGGGAUUCGACUCCCUGGAGAGAUUUCUCGCCUUUUACAAGUUUGUUCAGGCAGGUUAUGAAGCUCACAAGGAAAGUCAAGGUCCGCAGAGAAGGUCACCUUAUCUAUCCAUGGAUGAUCAGCUGCUGCUCGUGUUGUCCCGCCUGAGGGUGGGACUUUUGGAGCAGGACCUUGCAUACCGGUUUCGUAUCCACAUCAGCACAGUCAGCCGGGUGUGGACAUUCUGGAUUGGUUACCUAGCGGACUACCUUGCUCAACUCAACUACUGGCCGUCGCGACAGGUUGUGAACAAGCACAUGCCGGAGUGCUUCAUCGAGGCGUAUCCAUCGACGAGAGUCAUUCUGGAUUGCACGGAAAUCUUCAUCGAGACACCUAGCGACUUCAGGGUGCAGAGUGAUACCUACUCAAGCUACAAGUGCCACAACACUGCCAAGGGACUGCUGGGCAUCACCCCCAAUGGGUUCGUGUCGUUCGUGAGCGACCUUGCCCCUGGCCGCGUCUCUGACAAAGCCCUGACCGCAUGUUCCGGGCUAUGCAACCUUCUUGAGCCCGGAGACUCUGUCAUGGCGGACAGAGGCUUUUUGAUCACUGAAGAGGUCGAAGCUGCAGGGGCUAACCUGAACAUUCCACCUUUCCUUGGGGGAAGGCUACAGCUCUCCCUGGAGGACGAAGCGAAAACUAGGGCGAUUGCGAAGGUCCGGAUCCACGUGGAACGAGUGAUUGGACAAAUGAAGUGUUUUCGAAUCUUGAGGGGUACUUUCCCAAACAGUAUGAGCAAGAGCCUGGACUCUAUCUGGAAGGUCUGUGCUUUGCUGUGCAAUUUCACGAGAGAGCCACUGCUCAGUCGAAGCUAGAGCUGCAGUCUUGUGGCUUCGUAGAUGGUCGUGGAGAAAAAAGAGGCCAUAUCUCUCUAUCUAGCUCACUUCAGCUCCGGCAACUUUUUGUGCCCACACGCCCUCAUGACCCAUGACGACCAUUAGCACCGACUACGGCCCUCGGGACUUUCCUCUACCCAACGAAAUGGACUCACAACCCACCGAGGCCACGCUGGCUUCUCCCGCUGUCUGAAGCUUACCGCUCAAUGCACCACCCACAGCCGGUGCAACCACUCCUGCCGUCACGUCGCUUCUUGAUGCACCACUUGUUGCCGCGUGAAUUCAACCUGCGGUCUUUACUCAGAAUCCAUUCUCCAUCCUCGGCGACGAUGAUCCCGAAAGCAAGUUGUCGCCCCUCAACAACAGUUGCCACAUCCGCACUGCCGCCAAUGAAACGAAGCGUGCUCGUGGCAUUUUUUUCUUCGGCGCCGCUGCGACUAAGCUUACCACCUCACCCCGGUGCAUCCAACGUGACUCGAACCCUGACUCGUUCCCCCUGGAGGACGGAUGGCAUCCUGUCUCUCGCCGACGUAAGGCGGCCCCGCCCGCGGCGCCUCCAGCAGCAUCGUUCUGCAGUGAGUUCUCCCACACUGUCAUUCUACGGCCGGCCAAACCAUGCCGCAUCAUGGACGGGGUCUUUCUUGCCAUUGACUCUGCAGUUGCUGCACAGAUAGACCUCAGGUCUCCUACACCAUUGCAGCCCCCUACCAAGUGAGGUACCUCGACUGCAGUAAUCAACUUGCAGUUGAUGCUGCUUUGUCUCAAGUGUGCGAUGCAUUCCUCAAUGUAACAUACAUCCCGAUCGGCACUCUGCAGGUCUCCGUGCAAGGCUACGAGGCCAUUCGCCGUGGCCAGGUUCGCGGAUUCAUAAAAAAAGUCUGGCGACCUGGAUUCUGCGUCCUAAAAAACCUUCAUUGCCGGAAAUCUGCUAUCCUCCAGGCCGGUCCUCUCACAAACUCUGGGUCGGCACUCAUUACAUUCGACGGCACCAGCCUCGCGUUGCCCAGUGCCCCAACAGCACCCAAGCCAACGGCACAACACAGCGUCGUCAGUUGCCUUCAUCAACAUCCAAAGAGAAGCCGGCGUCACCACCAGUGACGCCUGAAACUAGCUCCUGCUCAGCAAGCUGUGCUGUUAUCUGCGCCCAAAGCCCUCAUCGCAGCACCGAGGUCUGCGAAGCAGAAGACUGACUCCCGCCCGGUGCUCGCCACAAAACUCCUAACGCCGGCACACAACAUCACCGCCGACCUCACACAAGUCCCAACAUCAGAACCGCCUCGGACCACCUUCGCAGAAUCAGCGAGAGCUGUCAACAGCACUAGUGAGACGCCUGCCCUACUUCCGUCAGGGUCAGACUUUACUGGCUUGCAACAACAAAUCACCCUUUUCACAAAACAAAUGCUGGCAGCCACGCAGCGAAUUCCGACGAUGCAAAACUCGCUGUUUACUCUCGUGGAUACCUGCACCCGUGCAGUAAUCGGGCGCCUCGCGAUGCAGGGCAUCAUUCCGUUCGGCGGCCCCCCACUAUCACCACGCAAACAUGGUUAGCGCCCCCAGGAUUGUUCAGUGGAACUGUUGCUCGCUUAAACAGAAGAAGGCAGACUUCAUCGAAAAAUUUUAUCUUCACUCGUCAUCCGACAUGGCCGCUGCGUUUGCUCUACAAGAAAUCAACGGCCCCCUCCCUUCUUUGCCACAGUACGAUGGACUUGCUCCGAACAUUGAGACUAGUGCCCCCUUGCCUUGGAUUCGUUCCGCCCUGUACGUUCAUCGAUCAGUGUGCUUCACUCUUCUCGACACCUCACAGAGGUGCUCUGCAAUGACCAGCGUUACGGGUUGCCGCCAAUUCCUCAACGGCCCGUUUUUCUCUUCUCUGUCUAUGUGGCUCCAGACACAUCGCUAAACCGCUGGACAAGGCAGCCGCUAAACAUCCCUUUUUUUAAGCACUUCGCCCGUCUUUAUCCAAAAGACGACGUUCCCGUUUGCGGUGAUCUUAAUGCCAAACACACGCAUGGGGCUACGACAUUGACCUUCCCCACGGCACGCGGCUUCUUGCAGACCUCACAGGGCUGAAACUUUCGUUCCUCAACAUCCCAGACACCCCCACACGUAUCAAACAAUCCUCCCAACAGCAGGACACCUGCCCCGACUUUACCUGUGCUCGUUACCCUCGACGCUGGAGAUGGCAUGUCGCCGGCGACCGCCUCGGCGGUGAUCACCUCCCCAUUAUUUUACGCUACGACUUCCUAUCCGCAACCCUAUCUCACUGUCGCGCCUGCUGCGACACAUUCUUCACUAAGUGGGACAACUUCCGAGCAGCUCUUUCUUCUGUCAUGGAACUUGCUGGCUUUUCCGACAUUAUACAAGCUAUCCAGUCCGCCCACAAGUCUGCCACAAAGCGGCUAACCGUACCGGACGAUGCCGCUUUGACGAGCAUUUACUUACUGGACCGCCGCAUUCACCUGUUGGCCUGUUACCGCCGUUCUCGCAGACCACGACGACUCCUCAAACCUUCACAUAAACUCCAAAAGACUAUCUCGUGCUACACUUCGGAACUCGCUUCCAACUGCUGGACUUCCCUGUGCAGAUCCAUCUCCGGCAAUAGCCAUCUUUCGAAAGUUUGAAGGCUCCUCCGUUCUCUCCUCGGGGACCACAAACCUAGGCAAUUUGCUGCCACUGUUGCCCUUCGCAAAGGUGUCUCUCCCGAGGAGCUAGCUGAACGGGCCUCGGACGUCUUUUUUCCGCAACCAGCGCAACAUGACUCUGGAUGCUACACUUGUGUUCACCCUGUCACCAAGCUCUUGGGAUGGAUUGCCCGUUCACCCUCCACUCGCAGUGCACCUGGCCCCCAACAACGUCACAGUCGGGCAACUUCAGAACCUCCCUACGGCACUCAAGGAAACCAUACUCGCCGAGAUCAACCAGGUGACUCCAGACUACUGAAGCCCCAGGAGUCCCUGAUCGCUGCCACUUGUCUCAUUCGCCCUGGAAGCUCCCGAGAAGAUUAAAAGCUUUUCCUCUUUUUAUGCCCAAACAGCAGGGCAGAUAUGGUGGCCACUUCUUUGGUCGUUAAAUAAAUGUUUCAAAGCAAAGGUAGAUGGUCAUGAUGAAAGAAAUCAAGGACGUUAGGAUUCCUGUCAGAAGUACUCAACGCAAUAAAAUGUUGUCCAAACUUGCCAGGUUUUAAUUUUAGAUUGGUUGCACACUACACGACAGAGUAGCGAGCAUUUGAUUAUUCUUAAUUUUUAACUAGGACUGAUUAAAUUAAUUUCAAUACUUUUGGAUGUUUUAUUUUAAUACACACAUAUCCUCUAAAAAGGGCGGAAAUGUAGUGGUUAAUAAAGAAAAAUAGACGUAAUGGUGGGGCCACAGUCGACUCCUAGCAGAACUGUUUGGUGGGGCAACAGGCAGACUGAGAUUAAAGCCCCUCUAUCCUGGGAAAAGUGGCGCCAUUCAUUGUUGUGGAAAUUCUCGAGACACGUACCGUGUGCCACUUCUGGGAAGGACAUGGCGUCUGAAAUCUAGCUCAGUGCUGCGCUGUGUCGCCAUGAUCUUCCCAAGGGCUGCAUGUUGCACGUGCCUCGUGCAUCGACGCACUUUGCGCUACUUUUAAAACAUGAAGGGGCUUUAACUGAGAUGCCAUUGCGUGUGCCACAGGCAAAAAUUCAAGAUGUUGAAAACAAGCUGUUGCAUUGUAAAUUGUGCGAAUUACUAAAAUUCUCCGUCAAUAUGCCCCAGCAAAUGAAGAUUAGAGGGUUUACAGAUUAAACCAAAGGAAGAUGUCUGUCACCCCAGAGGAAGAACAUGUGGGGACCUUGACGUGCAACCAAAAUUUCACCAUCAAUAGCGCUGAAAUCAGUAACGACACUACCGUAAACCAAUUUUGCUCCCAGGUGGGCCGCCGGAAGCGGCGUUGGUAGCCACAGCACAUGGUCGUUGUUGGAACUUUCGCGCAUAAUGCAGAAGAGGAUCAUGCCCUCUUUAGGUGUCACACGCUCUCAUACCAUCUUUAGUGUUUGUGUGUAUGGCGCGUGCUUUGGACGGUUUCACAACUGACGACCACGCGCAUGCUAGGCUGUGAAGAUUACACGCUGGGGCGUGGGUUUGUAAACAAUGGAAAAGUGUAUGAAAUUUAGCAUGCACAGUGCACAAACUCUAUUUUCAGUACACAAAUAUUGCGACUACUAUAUCGGACAGAGGUACGCGCUACAGUUUGCAACAAAUUCUUGUGCCGACAUGAGCAGUCUGAGGCAUUCCAACUACUUGUCAUGACAGCCACUUUCAGUUCACAAAAGUUGGUUUAUUAUAUGUUCUCCAAGUCUUUGGCAUUAAAAAUGAGGUUGAUUCCUUUGUGACACUGCCGUGCCGGGCUGUGGCCGGCGGUGAAACUGCACAGCCCACCAGCGACGGCAAGCAACCAACUGAGCGUCCAGAGCUAGGAACCAAAAGGCACCUUUAUCACACGAGGCAAUGGCUUUUUACACAAGACGUGGGCACAGUGUUUGCAACCCGAUUACCGAAAGUGUCCAAACUUGGCACUAGCACCGCCCGCAAAAUCCCCCCUUUAGAAUGUUCAAGGAGAGUAUCGGACACCUUGGCUGUGAAAAAAAACAAAGUUUUACAGAUUGAGUCUCUUGGGAGCGACCACUUGUCUUCCAGAAUGGGUUGAGUAGUGUCGGCCCGUACCAUCACCACGAACACGUGGUGGUGAUGCUGGACGAGGCACAUCACGAUGACGCGAGUAGACAGGUCCACCUGAGGCCGAACCGUCGACGGAAGCUAGGGGUGACGCCGGCCUCGGAGAGACACAACAGCACCUGCCGCAGGCGUUGGUCAUGUUCCUUUUUCGUUCUGCCGAAGACUAGGAUGUCGUCGACCAUGUUGACCAAUCCGUCUAGGACUUCCAAGAUCCACGCCACCUGUCGCUGGAAAAACUCAGGGGCCGACGUGAUGCCAAAUGGGAGUCGGCAAAAGCAAUAACGCCCAUACGGCGUAAUGAACAUCGUAAGCUCUUGAGAGUCCUUGGAAAGCUUGACCUGAUGGAAGCUUGAGGUAACUUUGAGCUUCGAGAAGACUGCCGCAUCGCCCAGAAGUCCCAGGACUUGAUCGACGGUGGGGAGCACAUGACGUUCUCUCGGGACAACUUGAUUUAAUUUUGUAAAGUCGAUACAGACACGGUAACCUCCCGACG